GCUUGCGGUUCUGGGAGCGAUCGCUGGGGUCACUCAGUCUGUCAGCAGGAAGUGAAUCGCACUGGCUGCAGUGGCUCUGGGAUGCUGUCUACGCUCCUUGUAAGAUCCCAGAGCCCGGCUACUGCUAGGACCUUGAAGCCCUGGCUGCAACCGGGAGAAGUGACUCUGGAGCAGUAACAUUCCGGCUGCUCCCCAGGAGGAAGGAGCCUCUCUCGGUGCAGAGAGCCUAGUCAGCUCAGGAAAGGAAACCCUGAGUCACUCUGCCGGGAGCCAUGACUGCAGCGGUGAAUCCUUUGAAAAGCCUCCGAGAUGAAGCUACUUGCUCCAUCUGUCUGAGUUUCUUUAAGGAUCCAGUGUCUUUAGAUUGCAGGCACAAUUUCUGCCGAGCCUGCAUCAGCCAGUGCUGGGAGGAAUCGGAUGCAGACAUCUCCUGCCCUCAGUGCAGAGAGACCUUUCCCCAGAGGACCCUAAGGCCAAACAGGCUACUGGCGAACGUCGUAGAAAUAGCCAAGCAGCUGAGUUUCCAGGCAGCAGCAGGAGAAGAUUUGUGCAAGGUGCACCAGGAGCCUUUCAAACUCUUCUGUAGCCAGGACCAAAUUCUCCUCUGUGUGAUCUGCAGAGAGUCCCAGGGUCACCGCGCACAUAAUGUGAUCCCCAUAGAGGAGGCUGCCCAGUCAUACAAGGGACAAAUUCAAACCCGAUUGAACACUCUGAAGAAAGAGAGAGAAGAACUUUUGAAGUGGAGACAGGAUGAAGAGAAGCAAAGCCAGGAAUAUCUGGGAAAGAUAGAAGUUGAGAGGCAGAAGAUUAUGUCUGAAUUUGAGCAACUGCGACUCUUUCUGGAGGCACAAGAGCGACUUCUGCUUGCCUGGCUGGAAGAGCUUGACAAGGAGACUGUGAAGAUGCAGGAUGAAAAUGUCACCAAACUGUCUGAGGAGAUUUCUCGUCUGAGUGACUUGAUCAGUGAGAUAGAAAAGAAAUGUCAGCAGCCAACAAGUGAAUUCCUGCAGGAUAUCAAAAGCACCUGGAGCAGGUGUGAGAAGAGGUUUCAGAAACCUGUGGCUGUGCCAAAGGACCUGGCAAAGAGACUCAGCGUCUCUUCCCAACGAAAUGUUUGUUUACAGGAGACUCUGAAGAAAUUCAAAGAGUCCCUGCCCUAUCAUCUGAGCUUUCUGAUAUCAAAGGCAGAGAAAGAGGUGCAGGCCACUCUGGAUCCAGACCUGGCAAAUCCCUGUUCUGUCGUGUCCACAGAUGAGAGUGUGAUACACGAAUACCAACACACAGAAUUUCUGGAGAAACAGAACAGGUUUUACCCUGCUCCCUGUGUGCUGGGCCUUAAGGGCUUCACCUCAGGGAGAUGUUACUGGGAAGUGGAGGUGGGGAACAAAAAUCAGUGGGUAUUGGGCAUUGCCAAACAGUCUGUGAUAGAUCAGGGAGUGAUAAGCCGAACGCCAGGGGAGGGGAUCUGGGCUUUGGAGCAUACAACGAAUAAGUACUGGGCCCUCACCUCCCCUAAGUCGUCUCUGAACCUACUUUCUGGCCCCAGUAAAAUUGGGGUUUAUCUAGAUUAUGAAGGGGAGAAAGUUACAUUUUAUGAGGUUACAUUUUCUGGAAGAGAGCCAAUCUUUACUUUCACCGCCUCUUUCACUGGGAAAAUCAUCCCCUUCUUUGGGAGCCGGCAUAUAGAAUUUCAGAGUAGAAACAGACUUGAUCCCUGGUAUGUAUACCAUUAAGACCGUGACAGAGGAAUGGGUAUCUCCCAAAAUGAGAUAUCUUAAGCAGAGCAAAGACAUGGAAAAUAUGUAAAUUAUAGCUAUCACACAUUGCCAUUAGUCUUGCCAGCCCCAAGCAUUCAAAAAUGAUGUGUCAGGCCCCCUAAAAUCAUGAGAUUGGCUUUAAAAUCUUUUUUUAAUAUUGCGUUAUUUUUCUUUGCCUUCUGGUUUCUGAGCUUUCAGAGUGUUCUUGUUUCCAGUGUUCAAGCUUUUCUACUAGGGCUGUCAAUUAAUCGUAGUUAAGGCAUGCGAUUAACUCAAAACAAAUUAACGCUUUUUUUUUUGAAGGAGCAUCAAUUGCACAUCUCUGGAGAUGGGACUCGGCCGUGGCUGGGCAGGGAGGGAGUCGCCAGCUGGGUGAGGGGGGCCACUGUCUAGGUUGCCAUGCUCAGGGGAGCACUGCUGCCUGCCUCUGGGGUAGGGUUGCCCCUCCUCCCACCAUCCUGCUCCACUGUUGCUCACAUUUCCUCUCCACUCCUCAAAGAGCUGCUCUUGGGUAAGCUGCUCUGGACCAGGAGCCUGUCUCCUGUGCAGAGCUGGGGGGCUGAUGUUAGGGUGUUCCCCUCCCCCCACCCGUAUACCCAGUUGCCGCUGAGCUGGGUCAGAGAACAGGGAGAGCCUGCCUGCUGCUGACUCGGGAGUGAGUGCUGUCUGCAGCAGCUGCUGCUAUCUGAACAAGUGUUCAGGCUCCUGAGUACCCUGUUUAAAGAGACAGCGUGAUGACACAGUCAGGCAUGCACACACUCCUCCCAACACACAGACUCUCUCACACACAAUCCCCCAAUACACACAUAGUCUAUCACCCACACACUCCCCCCAACACACACACUUUUGUGCACACAUAAUCUGUCAUGCAUACACACUCCCCCAACACACACACUUUUGUGCACACAUACUCUGUCAAGCAUACACAUUUCCCCAACACACACACACACAGUCUCUCUCACACACUCCCCCCAACACACAUACUUGUAUUAUUAUUGGUGGU